AUGGAUACCGAAUUUCCAGGGAUUGUUGCACGGCCAGUCGGGUCUUUCAAGCACCAGUCGGAAUUUCAGUACCAGACUCUACGUUGUAACGUGGAUAUGCUCAAACUGAUCCAGCUUGGCCUGACUUUUACGGAUGCAGAUGGUAACUUACCACUGAUAGAUGGAUACCACUGCAUAUGGCAGUUCAACUUCAGGGAGUUCAGCUUAAAGGACGAGCUUUACGCUCAAGAUUCGAUCGAGCUGCUGAAGCACAGUGGUAUCGAUUUCAAUACGCUCGAAGAACGUGGUAUAGAUGUCGUUCAGUUCGGCGAGAGUUUAAUGGUUAGUGGUGUCGUGCUAAACGAAGAUAUUCGGUGGUUGACAUUUCACAGCGGUUAUGACUUUGGAUAUCUCCUCAAGUUGUUAGUGAAUGCACCAUUGCCCGAGAACGAAACAGAAUUUUUCGAGUUGUUGCGGUGCUACUUUCCCUAUAUCAUCGACAUAAAGCAUCUCGUACAGUGCGUUGGCAACAUGCACGGUGGACUCAGUAAGCUCGCGGAGCACCUGAGCGUUGCAAGAAUAGGACCUCAGCACCAGGCUGGCAGUGAUAGCUUGCUAACUGCUCAUACCUUUUUCAAAUUGCAGAAAACACAUUUCAUGAAUGUUGACCUCAACCAGUUCGUUGGUACUCUGUAUGGUUUGGGACAAGACAGAGAGCUGAUGUCCAGCUCACAGGUGUAG